AUGUUUGUUCAUCUUGCUCUGCUCGGCAUAGGCUUCACCGCUGUCAAUGGCAUGCCCAACGGUUUUGGACGCCGUCAAGGGUAUGGUCAGAACAACGGAGAAACGUGCACGACAACCCAAACCAUAACAGUCCCCGUUACCUUGGUGGACUAUACGUACACAACUAUCACCAUCUCCGCGAACGCAGGAGGCACGCCGAUCUUCCCAUCAACUGUCACCGUAUACUCUGGCUGUCCGAGCUCCUUGAGCAGCAUCCCCGGAUUGUCAUGUUUCAGCCAACCGGGCUCCAAUGCCACAUCCAGUGCUACAUCAACCGCGUACACUUCUAGCAACCUUCCACUCUCCUCAUCUUCUCCUCCUGUUCCUUCAAGUAGUGGCACUGCCUUCCCACCAGCUGUGUCUAUUACCCAGACUGGCUCCCCAAUGUUUGGAAACUCAACAGCCUAUGCUGGCACAUCGAUUUCAUCGGAGAAUAUUCCCGGAACAGGCUCGACCGCUGUGCUGACCAUCGGCAGCUCUACAGGCCUAUUCAGCAGUAGCUCAUCAUUCAGUGAAACUUUGACUCUGAGUACUCGUCUUCCUAUCCGGACCAGUCUUUUUAGCCUUUCUUCGAAGCCUGCCGAGACAUUGUCUACUUUAGGUUCAUCUUCGGAAGUGACAGCUUCCUCGAGCACCAGCAGCGAAAACAGCGUGGUAUCAUCUUCCAAGUUACCGGAGUAUGGCUCGAUCAGCUCCGUUUCUACCAAUACGAUAGCCGAUGUUGAUUCUACGUCAGGAAUGACACACAUCACAGGCGCGACCAUAGGCAUCACCAGAACCUCCACAAUUGAGACGACCAUUACAGUGACCCAAGAAGUCACCGCUACUGUAGACAUGCCGAAUGAACUGGAAACUACCGUUAGUGGCAAAGAUGGAGACUCUUCUUCCACCUCGGUCGUGGUCCUGACAUCCACGGGCCAUGUUACUGUGACUAUUACGCCCGAUACCGUCUCUUCUGCUAGUGUUCCAGAAUUCGACACAAGCGCAGCAGAUGCUCAUUUCACCACUACCAACUCUUUUGCCCCGUCGGUUGUUGAUGGUGCCCCGGUAAGCUACACCGAAAGUGAGGGGUCUCACCAGCCUACUACGAGCUAUGAAGCCACCUUCUUGUCAUCACUUGACAGCAGUGUAAUAUCUGGCGAUGUCACGAGUGAAAUCGCGACAACCGAGUUUUUGACCAGCACACAAUACUCUGUCACUGUACAUUCUACAACACCAGGGAGUUCAGAGUCUACGACAGCUUCAAAUACUUCCAGCUUGAUCCCAUUGUCCUCGACCGGCACACAAUCAACCGGCUCUGUAACUGAGUCUUCCACAACCCCAGGGACUUCAGAAUCUACUACAACUCCAACAAUCUCCAGCUCCAUUCCGUUAUCCUCAGCCAGCGUGUUGCCUUCAUCAAGCGAAGGGAUUCCUUCAACUAGCCUUCCCAGCAGUAGCACGUCUUACUGGUUUAAUGACGACAGCACAUCAGCUUUAUCAGCCACUUCUCUAUCUGCUAGCGACACGUCAACUCCCACAGUGUCUCUGUCAUCGUUCUCAGUUACAGAUACGGCUUCACCCACAGUUACCUCUUCGUGGUUGACUGGUAUUCCCGCACCCUCCUUUACUUCGAUUUCACCAUCCACCAGCCAAGGCUCCUCAGACUCCGUCCCAGCAUUGUCAUCAUCAUACGACAGCGGAUAUAGCUUCACUCUUCCCACCCCCUCUUUAGAGACCUCGGCAGCUUCUACUUCGUUGGCCAGCCAGAUGUCGUCUGACAUUCCUGACGGAGUUAAUUCAACUGCCGCGAUCACUGGAUCAGAAACCAUGACGAUGCCAUUCCCAACCACGCUGUCCAUAAUUUCCGUCCCGUACCAGUCCAAGGCUUCUGAUGAUGAUUUGACUACGACCUCUUCGGCCAAGGGCAGCGAAAGCACUACUUAUGGCGCGGAGUUGAGGAAGAUUAGUGGGGGUCAGGACUUGGCAUUUGCUGUUGUCUGCUUCAUUUACUUAUCCGUCCUCAGAAGUGAAACGGGAACAGUGGAAAGAGCAUUGCCAAGCACGGUACUAAACUUUAAACUUCAGUCAAAACGUAUCAGCGGUUCAGGGCUCAAGCCAAAUCAUCACCUAAUCAGAGCCCAAUCCACAAUGGCCCAUACCUCCACCAUUCCCGGCGGGGACAUCCCGCCCGCAUCACAAACACAAGCCGAAGUCCAAACCCAAACAACAGGAUCAUCAAGCGACUCACAACAACCCUCAAUUUCCCCCGAAAAAGAAAGCCUCCCCUUCACCCCUUCCCUCUCAACAUCCAUCCUCGUACCCCUCAUCCCCGCCACCUCAUCCGCCCUCGCGCUCGCCCACGUCCAACGCGUGUGGGACUCCAUCCGUCCCAACUCCGCCAUCUACAACCUUCUUCUAUCCGACAUCGUCCUCGUAGCCGCCGUCGCCCACCCCACUGGCCGGAUCCUCGCCCACUUGACUUUGAAACCAAUCCACCUCAACAGCAAGCGCAUCCUGCACGGUGCCGUCAGCGGGACGUUGUGCGAUUGGGCGGGUGGGAUGGCUAUUGCUGCCAGCAUUGCUGGCGAUGAACUCAAAGUGGGGGAAGGGGAGCAGGACAGACAGAUGACGACGGGGGUGAGCACAGAUAUGCAUCUGAGUUAUUGUUCAACGGCUAGGGAGGGAGACACCUUGGAGGUGGAGGCGUGGGUUAGUAGACGCGGGAGGAAGUUGGGGUUUACGGGGUUGGAGAUUAGGAAGAGGGUGGAUGGGUGGGAGAAGGGGGAAAGGGGGGAGGUGGUUGUGGUGGGAAGUCAUACCAAGUAUUUGCCUUUUGGGCAGAAGCCAAGAGAGGCAAAGGAGUGA